CAGGCUAGAAAUCUUCAUACAGGAGAACUGGCUGCUGUAAAAAUCAUCAAGUUAGAGCCUGGAGAUGACUUUUCCUUGAUACAGCAAGAAAUAUAUAUGGUUAAAGAAUGCAAACAUUGCAACAUAGUCGCCUAUUUUGGGAGCUAUCUCAGCCGUGAAAAGCUGUGGAUAUGCAUGGAAUACUGCGGUGGAGGAUCCCUCCAAGAUAUUUACCAUGUAACGGGACCUCUGUCAGAGUUACAAAUUGCAUAUGUGUGCAGAGAAACUUUACAGGGUCUUGCUUAUUUGCAUAUGAAGGGCAAAAUGCAUAGAGAUAUAAAGGGUGCAAAUAUUCUACUAACAGACCAUGGAGAUGUCAAAUUAGCUGACUUCGGUGUAGCAGCAAAAAUAACAGCCACCAUUGCGAAGAGGAAAUCGUUUAUUGGUACCCCUUACUGGAUGGCCCCAGAAGUUGCAGCGGUGGAAAAGAACGGUGGAUAUAACCAGCUCUGCGAUAUCUGGGCGGUUGGCAUAACAGCGAUUGAACUCGCCGAGCUUCAGCCGCCCAUGUUUGAUCUUCACCCGAUGAGGGCUUUGUUUUUAAUGUCAAAAAGUAAUUUUCAGCCACCAAAGCUAAAGGAAAAACCAAAAUGGUCAUCAACAUUCCAUAAUUUUGUCAAAAUAGCACUUACAAAAAAUCCAAAGAAGAGACCAACAGCAGACAGACUCCUUUCUCAUAGCUUUGUAGGGCAGCCUGGUCUCUCAAGAUCUUUAGCAGUUGAGCUGUUGGACAAAGUUAAUAAUCCUGAGAACCAUCCACACUACAGUGAAGUUGAUGAUGAUGAUUUUGAGCCUCACUCCGUUAUCCGCCAUACAAUUCGUUCUACCAACAGGAACAUUAGGGCAGAAAGAACGGCGUCGGAGAUAAACUUUGAUAAGCUGCAGUUUGAGCCCCCUCUGCGGAAAGAAACAGAAGCUCGGGAUGAAAUGGUUGUGGCAGCUGGCACUGACUUUGCUUCACAUUGGAAUCCUUUUGUUGAUGGUGGAAGCAGCAAAUCGACACUAAAGCGAGCAGGGCCACCUCCGCUGCCUCCUAAGCCGAGAAUAAACAGUUAUCCUGAGGAGAACCUCCCAGAUGAUGAGAAAUGUCAGACAAUAAAACAUUUCCCAGACUCGCAGAACAGAGCCCCACCAGCUCACCGGAGACAGAGCAUCCCUGUUUGCGGGCCUCAGACUGAUUCUUCCCCCGUUGGAAAUGGGGAUGGCAUGCUGAAACUCAUUGAAGAAAAUACAGAAGGGUCCGGACAAAUCCCGCAACUGCCACGUAAAAAAGAGAAAAGAGAUUUUCCUAAGCCAGCAAUCAAUGGUUUACCACCAACACCGAAGGUGCUGAUGGGAGCUUGUUUUUCCAAAGUCUUUGAUGGUUGUCCUUUGAAGAUUAAUUGUGCAACAUCAUGGAUACAUCCAGAUACUAAAGACCAGUACAUUAUCUUUGGCACAGAAGAAGGCAUCUAUACUUUGAAUUUGAAUGAACUUCACGAAGCAACAAUGGAACAGUUAUUUCCUCGGAAGUGCACCUGGCUGUAUGUUAUCAAUAACACCUUAAUGUCCUUGUCAGAAGGGAAAACGUUCCAGCUCUACUCCCAUAAUUUAAUAGCUUUGUUUGAACAAGCCAAAAAAACGGGAUUAGCUGCUCAUAUUCAAACCCAUAGGUUUCCUGACAAAAUAUUACCAAGGAAGUUUGCCUUAACGACAAAGAUCCCUGAUACAAAAGGAUGCCACAAAUGCUGUAUAGUACGAAAUCCAUACACAGGACAUAAGUACCUGUGUGGUGCAUUGCAGUCUGGAAUUGUUCUGCUACAGUGGUAUGAGCCAAUGCAGAAAUUCAUGUUAAUAAAGCACUUUGAUUUUCCUUUGCCAAGCCCGUUGAAUGUGUUUGAGAUGCUAGUGAUACCAGAGCAGGAGUACCCCAUGGUCUGCGUAGCCAUCAGCAAGGGUACUGAACCCCAUCAGGUCGUUCAGUUCGAGACAAUCAACUUGAACUCAGCGUCUUCGUGGUUUACAGAAAUCGGUGCAGGCAAUCAGCAGUUAGAUGCCAUUCACGUAACACAGCUGGAAAGAGACACUGUCCUCGUCUGCCUGGACAAAUUUGUGAAAAUUGUGAAUUUACAAGGGAAAUUGAAGUCAAGCAAGAAAUUGGCCUCCGAGCUGAGCUUUGAUUUCUGCAUUGAGUCAGUGGUGUGCCUUCAAGACAGUGUGCUGGCCUUCUGGAAACACGGCAUGCAGGGCAAAAGCUUUAAGUCAGAUGAAGUUACCCAAGAGAUAUCAGAUGAAACCAGGGUUUUCCGCUUACUGGGAUCAGACAGAGUGGUAGUGUUAGAAAGCAGGCCAACAGAAAAUCCGACCGCACACAGCAAUCUCUACAUCUUGGCUGGACAUGAAAAUAGUUACUAA